UCCCCCACAAUGUCGCCCAGCAAAAGCGAUAAAAAUCAACCUUCUAAAUACAUUAUCCUUGGACGGAACAUGGAUUGUCGAUUCUGGGUCGUCGGAGCAUAUAUCGAAUAAUAAGAGUUUAUUUCGCGAGUUAAGGAAAUUAAGUUCACCAGUGAAUAUUUCGGUCGCGAAAGAAAAUCAGUUUAUUACAGCUUGGCAUGAAGGUGAUAUAGUAUUUGAUCGUGGUGGUAGCGAUGAAAUUCCAGUUACCUUGAAAAACGUUUUGUAUGUGCCGGAAGCUCCUACAAAUUUAAUAUCCAUACGGAAAAUAAAAAAUAGUGGUUUUAAAGUUAUUUUUGAUGAUGGGUGCGUAGAAGUGUUAACAAAACGAGGGAAAUUAAUAGUGAAAGGAGAGUUACGUGGAAAACUGUAUUGGUUGAAUUUCAACAAUUCGAACACACAUGAGGCGUAUUAUUCUUGUGGACAAAUUCCACGGAACCUAGAACAAUGGCAUUGUCGAUUUGGCCAUCUUAGUUUCAAAAAUUUGGAUAAGCUGAUGAAAGGUGAUAUGGUUCGCGGUUUGGAUGUGUCGGACAAAAGAAGCCUCGGAAACGAAAAUGUGUUUUGUGAAUCAUGCAAUACAGCACAUCUCUGACGAUGAAAACGAUGAUGACGAACCAAAUGUGCAAAUCGAGAAAUCUGGUGAAACAUCUGAACCGAGCACAGUAGACGAAAGUUUCCGGACAUGCGACGAAGAAGAAGCGAUGGAUGAUCGAUCUGAUGAACGCGAAGAAGCAGAAUCAUCGAGUCGUCGAUCUGAUAGAGAACGUAAACCACCCGGAUGGCAUGAAAACUAUAAGGUGGAUUAUGUGGGGUUUGCAUUAAGUGCAACAACUUUUGUGAACGAUUUACCGCGAUCUUUAGAAUAAGCAAAGAAUAGGCCUGAUUGGAAUAAGUGGAAAAUAGCAGUCCAAGAUGAAAUGAAUUUGCUUGAGAGUAACAAAACAUGGUCUUUAGUACAACUCCCAAAAGGUAGAAAAACAAUAUCAUGCAAAUGGGUUUUCAAGAUAAAGAGGGAAAAUGAACAAGAAGUUAGAUACAAGGCUCGUUUAGUAGCCCGCGGUUUUUCGCAAAGACAGGGUUUUGAUUACACUGACACUCACUCCCCAGUUUCUUAUUAUGAGGAUAAUCAGUCCACAAUACGUGUAGCUGCAGAUGAACGAAACUUAGGUCGGCUGAAGCAUAUGAGUGUGAAGCAUCUUUUUAUAAGAGAUAGAAUCCAGAGCGGAAAGAUCGUUUUAAAGUACAUUGCUUCAGCAGAACAACAGGCUGAAUGACGAAAGGUUUGCCUAGACAAAGUUUCACUAUGCAAAGAAUGAACUUAGGAUUGUUAGGGAUAUUGAAUUGAGGGGGAGUGUUGAGAUACCAAUUCAAUACGUGGAAACCGUGCUUAAUGUAUUCACAUAUACAACUGUACACUUGUAAAUAUCUUGAACUAGAAUGUAGAAUAAAAACCUCAGUUGAGCAUUGGCAGUCGACAGCAACGGUUGUGUUUACUGCGCUCGCUCAAUACGCUCAAUAGCGUGUGUGUUUUUUGCUGUUUCGCGAUCUCCUCCGGAAUCACCUUGCGAAAACACGAGGAGGGAGGAGUGGGGUGUGUGUUUGUGUGCUUGCCUGCGUGCGUGCGUGGUUUUGUGUGUGUGUUUUUGCGUUCGCGUUCUCCUACGAUCACAUUGCGAAAAACACCAUGGGGAGGAGGAGGUGUGUGUGUGUUUUCUUUUCUUUGUCGUUUCGCACUCUCCCGCAGGUGCAUAAAAAGAAAGUAAGA